AUGGGUCAUCCUUUGACUAUGGCUAACGUUAUACAAGAUAGUAACACUUCGCAGUAUCAUUUGCCAAGAGAAGAUAGAUUGGAACUUGACCACGAUCCAAUCGCAAAAUUAUCGUGGAUGAUUGUCCACAUUGCGUUUCAAAUGCUGAACGCCACACCGAGGUAUAUAUUCAGCCACAGAUGGGGCUACAAGAGGAACGGCCAGUGGUCUGGAAUGAUCAAUGACCUUAACACUGGUAGAGCUGAUUUAGGUACGAAUUGCGUUGCAAGUUCUGACCGGCUAAGUGUGGUUGUUUUUACGGAUUCAAUCGCUAAAUUUAAAGUCAAGUUCGUCUUUAGACAGCCUCCACUUUCUUACGUUUCGAAUAUCUAUACGCUACCUUUUUCUCUCAACGUCUGGUUCGCGACUAUUCUUUCUAUUGUCACCUCGACAUUUACUAUAUUUUUAGCAACAAAAUGGGAGACUUUGAGGCUAGGAAAGUCACAAACCCAACUCGAUGGAAACAUUGGAGACACAAUGCUGUUGACAAUGAGCGCUCUCAGCCAGCAGGGCUGUUCUUUAGAACCCAAAAAAAUUUCAGGUCGCAUAAUGUUAUUUGUGAUAUUCACUGCAAUGAUGGCUCUCUACGCAGCGUACUCUGCUAAUAUAGUGGUUCUUCUACAAGCGCCUUCUAGUUCGAUAAAGACGCUGGAACAGCUUGCCAAUUCUAAGAUGACAAUCGCUGCGCUAGAUGUCGAUUAUAAUCGCUUCGUUCUGAAGGCUCAAAAAGACCCAAUAAGACGUCUUAUUUACAAAAGAAUAGCACCAAAUACGGGAAAAGAGCAAUACUAUUCUCUUAAUGAAGGUGUUGAACGUGUGAGACAGGGUUUAUUUGCAUUUCAUUCAAUUAUGGACUCGGUAUACCGACGCAUGGAGGCAACCUACCUGGAGACAGAAAAAUGUGACAUAAUGGAAGUGGACUUCAUGAACGCUUUAGAUCCAUUUGUACCGGUUUAUAAACACUUACCGUACUUAGAACUACUGAGAGUCACAUUCAAGCGAAUUCGCGAAUCGGGUAUUCAGGAGGCUCUCCAUAAACGAAUUUACGUACCAAAGCCGCGGUGUACAGAAAAGAUGUCUACAUUCAGCAGUGUCGGCCUUCUUAACUUGCGGCCUGUUGUUCUUUUCAUGGUGUACGGUAUUAGUGCCUCGAUUAUUAUACUUCUGGUCGAAAUCUUAGUACAUAAAAACUCGAAUCGGAGCCAUAAACGAAUUUCAUCUAAAAUAUUAAAAUACUUCGAAGACUAAUGUAGUGAAGCUUAUUAGAUGAUUUAAAAAAUAAAGAAAUAUUACAAUACAUAAA